AUGGAGAGAAGAUCUACUUAUACCGAGGACGAGAUAUCCAUCGCAAGGGCGCUCCUGGCUCUGCGAGGAAUACCGUUUUCGACAGAAUUCGAGACUCCGCCGCUGCAAGAAAAAUAUCAAGCAUCUGUGAUCAAAAGAUCCAGAUCCCCUGUAGCAGGUGCUAGUGGGAUGAUAAAAGAGGUUAAAGACGAUCAUUCCGCGUUUGUCAAGAAGCGAAGUGACGAUAAAACGCAACAAGCAGAUACCGUUGAGGUCCUUCAUAAUAAAGAGAUAAAAAAGGUGAAGAAAACACGACGGACUAACUCCUUAUUGAAAUCAGAAUCUCCAAAGACACAACAGGUCGAGUCGUCGGGCUUACUUAUUCGAGAUUCGCCGGACUCACCGGAUGACUUUAGCGACAGCGAUAGCAGCUUCACUGAAGCUGAUUAUUUAAGAUUUUUGGAACAGAACCAAGCUAAAGCCAGCCGUCGCCGCCGCCGCCGCCGCAGAGAUUCUUCAGAAGAUGUUGGCGAAAAUUAUCAGAACGAAAGUAAAAAGAUAAAACACGACUUUGAAGAUCUCACAAACAAUAAUGAUUACUUUAUAAAAAUAGAAGAUUGCGAACCAGAAGAUGAAUGGAUUGGUAUUGGCUCCGGUAACACGUUGGUGCGCAGAGAUAAAUAUAAAAAAAUCAACUGGGAUUCUUUUAAACUUGCCACAAGGGGUCUCCUAGUCGCAGUCUUUAAUAAGAAGACCUUGGCGACACAUUCGCUUACUGGGAAAAGGUCUCCGGCAUUUCACGAUAAGCCUGCUAAGAAAUGUUUGGAUCCGGCCAAAAUCGAGGAUAUUGUAUGUGAAAUAAUAAAUGUGUACAAUAUCGAUGAGCGGAGCGUGCGAAAUAUUAUAACGACGAAGUGCGCCGAUGAAUGCAAAAUGCUGCGGAUGCGCUACGAAAGACUAAACGGAGAUGAAGUUGACGAAAUCAUAAUAUCGGAUUCUGAUGAUCCAGAAAAGAAUUUUUCCGGCUAG